CGAUAUUUUUUUCACAUCACUAGCUGACAGAAUAUAUGGCUUUUUUACAUUUUGCGUUUUCAACUGAAGUUUGCGAAGAAACCGAAGCGUGGUAAACCACUGAAAUCGAAAAUAUCGACAGAAAAGCGACCUAAAGUCGGUGAAGAAGUCGCACGUUGAUCGUUGUGUUUUUUUCCCGAAAUUUUCUGCAAAAAGCCCGUGCGUGCGUGAGUUUCUCUGGCUCUUGCUUUUUUUUUGUCCAUGCGUGUGUGUGUGGUCGCAUAAAUUUACCGAUAUUUCGCCUGUGAGAGCGAAACGAACGAAAAACGAAAGAAAAAAAGAGAGACGAGUAAAGUAAAACGAAACAGGCAUAAAAACAGCAGCAGUUUUCUUGAUAUAUUUGGCUAAAAAACGCAAACCAAACAGCCAGCAAGAACAACAAAUAGCUGGGCAAAAACAGGACGCACAAAAAAUAAAAUUAAAACGAUAAGAGGCGAAAAGCGGAGAGAGUGAAAUUCUCGGCAGCAACAACGACAAGAACAACACCAGGAGCAGCAGCAACAACAACAACAAAAGCCAGCCGCCACAAUGAGCAAAUCACUCUUUGAUCUUCCGUUGACCAUUGAACCAGAACAUGAGUUGCGUUUUGUGGGUCCCUUCACCCGACCCGUUGUCACAAUCAUGACUCUGCGCAACAACUCGGCUCUGCCUCUGGUCUUCAAGAUCAAGACAACCGCCCCGAAACGCUACUGCGUACGUCCAAACAUCGGCAAGAUAAUUCCCUUUCGAUCAACCCAGGUGGAGAUCUGCCUUCAGCCAUUCGUCUACGAUCAGCAGGAGAAGAACAAGCACAAGUUCAUGGUGCAGAGCGUCCUGGCACCCAUGGAUGCUGAUCUAAGCGAUUUAAAUAAAUUGUGGAAGGAUCUGGAGCCCGAGCAGCUGAUGGACGCCAAACUGAAGUGCGUUUUCGAGAUGCCCACCGCUGAGGCAAAUGCUGAGAACACCAGCGGUGGUGGUGCCGUUGGCGGCGGAACCGGAGCUGCCGGAGGCGGAAGCGCGGGUGCCAAUACUAGCUCAGCCAGCGCUGAGGCGCUCGAGAGCAAGCCGAAGCUCUCCAGCGAGGAUAAGUUUAAGCCAUCCAAUUUGCUCGAAACGUCUGAGAGUCUGGACUUGCUGUCCGGAGAGAUCAAAGCGCUGCGUGAAUGCAACAUUGAAUUGCGAAGAGAGAAUCUUCACUUGAAGGAUCAAAUCACACGUUUCCGGAGCUCGCCGGCCGUCAAACAGGUGAAUGAGCCCUAUGCCCCAGUCCUGGCUGAGAAGCAGAUUCCGGUCUUUUACAUUGCAGUUGCCAUUGCUGCGGCCAUCGUUAGCCUCCUGCUGGGCAAAUUCUUUCUCUGAAUGCCAUAAACGAACGCCAGCAACAUGCUACAUGCAACGUGCAGCAACAGUAACAGCAAGAACAGCGGCAACACCAUCAUACAGCAACAGCAACAACAAAAGCAAAAGCAGCAGCAGCAGCAGCAACUAACAAUAGCAACAACAACGAAAGAAGAACAGCAGCAGCAGGAGCAUUAAAAUAAAUUUAAUUGGCAGAAGAAACAAACCACAGAGACGAAUGUAAAGCUGACUAAACCGGGGACCGUAUACAUUUAAACGGUUGUAUUGAAAAUCAAAAAUAAUCAUUGUUUGUUAGCGAAACAAGUAUCGCUCAGAAUAGUAUGGAUUAUGAUGUGAGAAAUAUUGUUUGGUUCCAACAUAUUGCUCAAAGACAGAUUGGCAGUUCUUGUUUUUAAUACGAAUCUUAACGAGACUUAAGUGUAAAGCAUUCGAAACAAUUUUAAGCUGUAUUGACGCUUCGUGUAUUUCAACCAAAAAUAUUUAAGUUUUUGCAAGAUCUCGCUUGAAUUAGUCGCAACCGGACUUUGAGUAAUAAGAACAUUUGGGCCCUAUGAAAUCCCUCACAUCAUAAUCAAUACUUAAAAAAAAGAAAACAUAACGAAUGAUUACUUUUGGUACCUGGGCUAAACAAAACAAAAAAAAAAAAAAAAAACAAAAAAAAAACCGCAGAGAAAGGGAAAAAUAGAAGAGACGUAAAAUCGUAUUUUCGCAAGGGGGAACAUCUCUCAAGAACUCUUUAAAAUCCGCUAAGAUCCAUACGUAUAUUUGCUCAGAUUUUCGAUUGCAUUUUUUCGCUAUUAUUAAUUUGUAAGAACUUAAGUUUAAAAUGCCUCACAAUUCGUUUUAAUAAUUUUUCGAUGCAUUUGCAAACGGGAAAAGUCAAGUAUUUCAAAGAAUAACAAAAAUUAUCAUUAAUCAUACCUUCUCGACGAAACUAAAAGAAAAACCAAUUUGUUACUUGAGUGCGAGAAUAAACUUCAGUUUUAUCAAUUUUUUUUAUUAUUUGCUUUCUUUUUGUUAAUUAAUUUUUUGCAGCCACAUAGACCUAGAUGUAAAAUUUAAAUCGAAAACAGAAACGCAAAUGUCAAGAAAAAAACAUUUAGCAAAAUGCAACAAAAAUUAAGAAGAAACACUUGUAUGGAAAACCAAUCAAUGAAAAGCUUCAAAAAAUAAAAAAAUAAAAACAACAAUGCUCUGCAAGGCCGACGCUCUCUAAGAAAGAAAAGUUGCUUCACCUCACCCCUCGUCCCAUCACUCUUUCUCAUUCUCAACCGUCUGUCCCUCUCUAAAUCCCGAAACGAGAUCGAACGCGGACGGCGGCUCUAUAUAUACAUAUUUAUAUAUAAUCAUUAUUGUUUUGGUUGGCAUUUGCAUUUACUAAGUUUCGUUUUAGUCACUUCAGUGGUUACAUUACUACACACAUACACACCACUCAAUGAACGCUAUAUAUAUAUAUAUAUAUAUAGAUAUAUAUAUAUUAUAUGAAUAUACUAAAUUUCUGUAAGCAAACCUUUAUGUAAUUUGUGUUGUUUGCCAAGGUCGAAUUGAACGAUUUCCAGCCCAAAUGGCACCGAAAUUGAGAAAAUCCAUCAACUGUAUCCGACACGCCGAUAUAUAUACGAUCUAAUAAGUGCAAAAAAAAAAUCAAUCAAUUUUCUAAAAAAGAAAACACAAAAAAAAAAAGGAACGAAAAAACCUUUACUAGAAGCAAAACAAACGCGUGUUGUUCAUGGUUUACACUGCACCCGUGGAUCCAUAGAUUUGGAUCCAUAGAUACACCCACCCACCCACUUGGUUCCUUUCGUAGCGCCUACUAUUUGCUGGCGAUGCAUCUUGUUUCACACAAUUGUUUCCCCAACACAUUUCAUUGCUAUUGUUCGUGGUUACGACUUUUUUUAUAUAGUUUGCAAAGCAUUGAAAAGGGUAUAUAGAUUUAUACAUGAAUAUAUAUUCGCCGACAUGCAUGAUCGCUGUAAUUUCAUAGGCAUGUGGAAAACUCGUAUUUAAAUGUUUAACUAGAAAUACAGAAAAGAAAAGAAAAAAUAAACUAAAAAUAAAUAAAAGGAAAUGUGGAAAUAAACAAAUGAUAAAGACAAAAGCAAAUCAUAAGCAAAUUGUACUUGAUGUCAGCUGUAGCAAAAAAAAAAAAACAAAACACAAUAUAUAUGAACAUAAUAAUAAUAAUAAAAUGUGAAAACGGAACUUAACAUUCAAAAAUUGUUUCGAUACAUUUAACAACAUUCAAUUGCAUUAUUUGAUUGAAGUCAACCGACACACACACACACUUUACUCACACCCGAAAGAGUCUGUCUCCUCGCGAAGUAGGCGCAAAAUCAACGAAAGUUGUAGAAGAUCUGGAAGCUGGAGAUCAGCACACACACACACAUACACACAAGAGAAAAACAAUUAUUAUAAUAUUUACAGCAUGAAUCUUAAAAACUAAGCGUUUUUUUCUCAAAGGAAAAGUAAAAUGAAACAUUGUUAAUUAAACAUCAAAUAUCAUUUGAAAUAAAUUUAAAU